AUGCCUGGCCACCUGGGAAAGGGUGCAGUCAUUUGUGGGUGCAGUCACUUGUUUGGGCAGGUAUGUCUGUGUCUGUCUUGCUGCUCUCCUUCUUCUCUUUUCCAGAUGAUUGGUGAUCAAUCUAUCCAGCUGCCGAUAUGAUAGUGUGCGUAGAGCUGCCCAACAGUAUGGCCUUCGAGAAGGUGGAGAAAAUGAAGACUGGACUCUUUACUGGACUGACUUCUCAGUGUCACUGGAGCGGGUGAUGGAAAUGAAAAGUUACCAGAAAAUAAACCAUUUCCCUGGGAUGAAUGAAAUCUGCCGCAAAGAUUUGUUGGCCAGGAAUAUGAGCCGCAUGUUAAAGAUGUUCCCCAAAGAUUUCCACUUUUUUCCUAGGACUUGGUGUCUUCCUGCUGACUGGGGAGAUUUGCAGAACUACAGCAGGGCAAGAAAAAAUAAGACAUACAUUUGUAAACCGGAUUCAGGCUGCCAAGGGAGAGGUAUAUUUAUCACCCGGACAGUGAAAGAAAUCAAACCAGGGGAGGAUAUGAUCUGUCAGCUCUAUAUUUCAAAGCCCUUUAUCAUCGAUGGGUUCAAGUUUGACUUACGGAUUUAUGUGCUGAUGACAUCCUGUGACCCUCUCAGGAUUUUUGUGUAUAAUGAAGGACUAGCCCGUUUUGCCACAACCUCUUACUCCCACCCUUGCACAGACAAUCUGGAUGAUAUCUGCAUGCACCUGACUAAUUAUUCCAUUAAUAAGCACAGUUCCAACUUCAUUGAAGACGCUCACUCUGGCAGCAAGAGGAAGCUCUCUACCUUCAACAUGUUCAUGGAGAGCCAUGGCUACAAUGUGAAACAAAUAUGGAGAGACAUUGAGGAUGUCAUUAUCAAAACUAUUGUUUCAGCCCACCCCAUCAUCAAGCAUAACUAUCACACCUGCUUCCCCAACCACACACUGAAUAGUGCAUGCUUUGAAAUCCUAGGCUUCGACAUUUUGUUGGACCACAAACUCAAGCCCUGGCUGUUGGAGGUCAACCAUUCUCCUAGCUUCUCCACUGACUCCUGGUUGGAUAAAGAGGUGAAGGACAGUCUGCUAUAUGAUACCUUGGUCCUGAUCAACCUAGGAAGUUGUGACAAGAAGAAAGUCCUGGAGGAGGAGAAACAACGGGGACGGUGUCUGCAGCAAUGUCGUUCUCGGGAGACCAGGAUUGAGGAAGUUAAGGGUUUCCAGUCUGCGUGGUUAGAGAAGACUGAGAAAUACGAGAAGGAACACUGUGGAGGGUUCCGUCUGAUUUAUCCCAGUCUGAAUUCAGACAAAUAUGAGAAAUUUUUCCAGGACAACAACUCCCUUUUCCAGAAUACUAUUGCUUCCAGGGCUCGGGAGCUCUAUGCCCGGAAGCUGAUCCAGGAGCUGAGACUGAAAGAGGAGAAGAAGUUCUUCCACAUGAAAGAGAAGAAAGUAGAGAUUCAGGGGGAAUCAACAGGUGAACAGUCAGGAGGCAAGAGCUCAAGAAGUUCAAAACAGAAACAGUGGCAGAAAUACAAGACCGUCACCCACGCCUGCAAACAACCAGCCACAUUGGUGUCCUGCACACCUGACUUGCUCUUGAAUGUCAAAGAUGUAAAGACAAACGAGACAGACAGCAGCCUCAACCAGAAGGCCUCGAUGAAGGAGGUUGAGUUUGCUUCUCACAAGCCUGCCUUUGCGAGGUGUUACAGCUCUGUACCUGACCUGAAGAAUUCAGGCCUUCUCAGCUGCUCCAAGCUGGAGUUCAGUAGAACCAGUUCCAUUAUUGAGGAAGCCAGGUCUGCUCUGGCAGUAAACUUUUUCACCGGCAUUAUGCCCUUAACCUCAGUAGAAAUCUCCCUAGGACCCACCACCCGAGGCUCAGACUCCCCCAAAUCUCUGCUGAGCAUCCCCACAAUGACUAGUUCUGAAUGCAGUAGCCCAGAGAUGGAGAGGUUGAUGUCCUUUAAAUACAAGAAACAACAGAUUCUCCAGCACCUCACUCAGGAGAAAAUAUCAAAAAUUUCUAUGCCUACAAAAUCCCAGAACUUCACAGGGAGUCAGACCUCAAGUCGGAUGUCACUAAAGAAUGACAAGCAGAAACAGCAUCUGAUGUCAGAACUGCUCACCAAGAUUCCACUGAAGGAAAAGCUCUCCCUGUCCCCAGCUCACUACAACUCAAAACAGGUGCUGGGUAACCAGUCACAAAACCCCUCCCUGCCCCGAGAGUACUACUUCCACAGCCGAAGCUCUGAGAAGAGGGAGCCACACAUCUCCUCACUCCUCCUCUUGCAGAGUUCUCGCAGCCAUGAUGUUUCUCUGAAGGACUUAUUGGUGGUUGCCACUCCAGCCCGACUGGAUCCGAGGCCUGGCAGGAGCCAUAUAGAAUCAGACUGGAUCUCUGCCAUUUCUCAUUCUACAUCUCCUACUCCCAGGAAAUGAUUUUCACUUCCUUCUGUGUAUGCAGUGCCCAUGGAGUCAACUGACAGUUUUAUUUCCUUAUAUAAAUAUCUUAGUGUUAUAACUACUUCCCAUUAGCACCACUGGAGACCAAAAGCCAUGCCUUUGAGCCCUCCCUGUUAGCUUAUAGUGCUAUUGGACCAUGAUUUCUGCUGUGUUGAUUGGUGCUGUCCCAGAACAUAAUGACUAUGUUCUCAGUGACAUUCCUAUGGGCCCCUCACAUCUAGAAAAUUCCCUUACAUAGAGCAAUGUCAGGGAAGGAGUGUUUUAGAGAAGAAUUCACAAUUUCCAGGAGCCUAAGCCUUCAGUCUACCAAAAAGCCUGUGUCAGUUGGGCUUCAGCUCCAAAGGUAAGACAUGGCCAAGCAUGGCAGAGAACUCAGCCUGAGUAAGGAAACUGGAACAGUUGUAGCCUUACAGGUAUAGACCAGACUUUAUUCCAACUAAAUCACUUAGUGCCCACACAUUUUUCCUGCUAUCUCCCUUAAAAGUACAACUCAACCUCACUAGUGAAAACAGAAGUGAGGCAAGAGUACCCCAUUGCAGGCAUUUCUUUCAUCAACAUACAGAAACAAAACAUCUUACUUUCAAGUGUACAUUAAUAAAAUAAAUUGUUAUGUUCAA